CACGAGUUCUCCAACACCUCGAUACCCAAGUCUCGAAAUCCCUCUCCACAAAACAUACAACCAUGGUCUUCUCUACCCCUGCCAAAGUCUUUGCCACUGCGCUCGCCAUGGGUGUUCUGGUUGCCACCCAGAUUGAUCUGACGUCGCAAAAGAACGGUGCUGCCAACGGAAUUGCGUCCGACGCCGACGCUGCUUCAAAGCCUACAGGAGCUUCUAGCCGCGGCUUGAAGGGUGCUCGCCGUUUGGCUACCGGAAACGUCGAAGGAUACGGAAGGGUCAAUGCCACGUCCGGAACUCUCGUCAACGGCUUUGCCGGCCCCGGAGAGAGCUCUCAGUACGCUGCCGUCAAACAGACGGGAUCCUUCGACAUCAGAUCAUUUGCCACGGGUCCCAACGGAUUUAUUGAAGGAUCCAGUAAUGGGGCGGUUUACCAUACCGAGCUGAAAACGAUUGGUGAGGCUGACUACUACGGUCAGGUUGAGAACACCGGAGCCACUGUCGAGUCCUACGGUACCGGCUACUUUGCCGGAAACUUCGACACGGAAGGGUCCGCACCUGCUGGACCCAACGCCACGACCGCUCCUGGAGCCACGAUGGCACCCACCAGUGCCCCUGUCGCCACGUCGUCCACCAAGGCACCCAAGGCUUCCAUGGUACCCAAGAGUACUGCGGCACCCAAGAGCGAGAAGGCUACCCUUUCACCGAAGAGUGCCAAGGGCGACACCAUGAACAUCGAGGUGCCUCCCCCCGAGCCGCGCACUGCGACGGCGGACGAGGGGGCCGUCUCGCCCGACGCUGUGACCGGCUCGGUGUACUCGGUGGCUGGAGGCACUCUCAAGUCGACUUUCACGGCUCAAGGGAGCACGUACGUGUACGCCCCGGCGGAAAUCAUCGGUGGAGGUCUUGACAUUGGUGCCUCGGAAGGACAAGUUGGCAGCGCAAGUGGUCUUACUUCUGUUGGUGGCGACAUCUUUGACGACAUUGCUACCAUGAUGCCAGACGAUGCUACCGUGAGCCCCCUUGCGACCGUCAGCGAAGGGCUCGCUACCGCGAGUCCUGGAAGCGGCGGAGCUUCUCUUACAAGCUCGUCCUCCGCUUAUGGUUAUGCCAACGAAUUCUUUGCGGAUGCCGAGGCCGCUGGUGAUCUGACCCAGACCGGAUCGGCUACUGCUUUUGCCUAUGGACCGAGUGCUGGUGAAUACUUGCCCGGUGGUAAUUCGAGCACAUACGCGGAUUCGUAUGCCACGUUUGGUGUUUCGGGAGAGGCGGCGGCUCCUAGUCCCUAAGCUGUGAAUGUUUGCUGGUACAUCCUUUGAUGUGAAAAAGCGUACGUAGUAUGUGAUACUGCUACAAUACACAUCUCAUUUCGUCAUCAGACCUUGAGCUGGAACAAGAAAGAAAGAUGAUGGAUCUGUUGUCAAUGUAGUAGAUAUUUAAUAGUAAAAAGGAAAAUGAUUGAUUAUCUU